AUGUCUUUUGUCAAUUUCCCUGCUGCUCUUCCUUUCUUCAAGCAACUUCAUGAUCAAGCAUCAUUAGACCAUUUGAUUUCUCAGCUUGGUCAAGACGUAUGUGUCAAGGAAAUUGAAGAACUGGACUUGAACAAGUCGCAUCCUUUUAUGGACGCCUAUGACAAGAUGGCAAAUCAAAAACUGACCACCAACGGUGCACCCGCUCAUGCUUCUACGAUGGACCCUAUCAUUGAUUGUUAUUAUGGAUUUGAAUCGGUUGCACCCCAGGGACGUCCUGCUAUGUAUGAAAAUGCUUGGAAAAGUGAUCCUCUGAUGACUUUGCAUAUCAUCUUUUAUGCAAGAUCCAUUCACCGUGGUAAAUCAUUAGGCAGUGCUUUCUUUUUCGCUUAUUGCUGGUUGCUCUUGAACCAUCCUCGUACGGCUUUGGCUAAUUUGCAUGUCUUGGUAGACGGCACUGUUCGCACGGAUGCUGAACUUCAACACAAUCGAUUGAUGCAAAGAAAGAACCGUCAUCAAGAAUGGGACAUGGUGGAAGAACCUUAUGAAUUGUUGGAUCGCCGUGAUUUCAAGUCGCAUGGCUGUUGGAAGGAUCUUUGUACUUUAUUGACGAUUUAUUGUCAAGGUGAAGCAGAAGGCUACAAAAGUUCAGAUUUCCUUGCUUUAGAAUGGCCUCGUAUGCAACGCGAUCGUAAUGCUCAUCGCGAAAUCAGCAAGGAAAGAAAACAACGUUACAUGGCACGUAAGCACAUGUCUCCUGAAAAAAGGGCAAAAGAAAUUGAAGCAUCCCUUCAGAAACGCGACCAACUCAACCUCGUCAAACAACAAGAAGCCACUGAACUUCGCCACAAGAUUCGUGUGGAACGCAACAAGACUGUUUGUGAUCUCCUGGAAAGCGACAAGACGUAUAGAGCAUUACAUUUUACGAUUGCUCGCAUGUUUGCUCAACAGUUAAAGACGGAUUUGAAGCAAUUGGAAGCGAACAUGGCCUUGCUGGAAAACAAAAAAUUGUCUGGUCGCUAUGCUUUGGGUUUUAACUUGAGUUUGGCAGCAAAAUGGGCCCCCUCACUUCGUAAUUCGCAUGACAAGCAUACUUUCUUAGCUACCUCGAUUGCUGAAAUCUUGUUUCCUCCCGUAUCGUUCCAAGACAAGGACGAGACAAGACCCCAUUACUUGAACAAGGUCAGAGAUCUUUAUCGCAAGAAAUACUUGGUGCCUCUUCGAGCAGCUUUGGAUUUGACGGAACACUAUAUGAAGACGGGUCAAUGGGAACUGGCAGAUUUUCGCCACAUGCCUUCAGUUUGUUUCCAGCAGAAUCUCAAGUACUUUUUCAAGCACUGUCCUGAUAAAACGAUAGCGUAUAUGGCUGAAGUAGCUAAAGGCAACAAGAAAGUGAGUGGUGCUACGCUGGGCCCUCAUGAACUCGUUCAUCGGUGUUUUUCGGGUGGUGUCGACGAAAAGCUUCAAAAGGCUUUGAGUGGCCAAACUGACAUGUACGAAAAGUUUCUUGAAGUUCAAAAGCAGGGUGUGAAUGGUCAAUGGGAUACUCUGAUCAACUCCAUUCGUGAUACUUCGCUUCUUCAAGACAGCAGUGACACUGGCAAGAAGAGGGUGAAUCUAGGUGACUGCUUGGCUAUCUGUGAUGUCUCUGGUUCGAUGAUGAGCGGUGCUGACCCCAAGCAUCCUGAGAUGCAACCCUUAAAUGCGGCUAUUGGUCUGUCUCUUGUGGUCACUAACUUGGCCAAGCCUCCAUUCAACGGUGCUGUGAUUUCUUUCUCUGCGAACCCUGUCAUGUCCAAGGUGAAUACCAACGCUACUUUUAGUGACCAAGUGCAGGAAAUCAUGGAAGUCGAUAUGGGCUACAAUACCAAUCUUAUGAAGGUUUUUACUGAGGUGCUUUUGCCCAUGGCCAAGGAACACAAAAUCAAGCCUGAAGACAUGGUCAAGCGUCUUUUUAUCUUUACAGAUAUGGAAUUUGAUGCUAUGGAUAAUGGUAUGAAUGCAUUUGUGGACGCAAACCAAGCUAUUCGUGCACUUUAUCAUGAAGCAGGGUAUGAGGUGCCUGAAUUGAUUUGGUGGAAUUUGUGUUCUCAUUCUGGGUAUUCUUCUGUUAAGAAAAUGACUACGCCGGUGACAAAGGAUGAUCUUAAAGUUACUUUGAUUUCUGGGUUUUCUUCUGCUAUGCUUAAAACUUUCUUGGAUGGUGACAUUGAAGAAGAAGAAGAAGAAGAAAACAGUGAGAAGCAAGACAAAGAGAACAAGGAAAGCUCUCCCAUAUCUUUUAUUGAAAAGGCUAUUUACCAUGAAAGUUUUAAUAGUCUUGUUGUUGUAGAUUAA